AUGUGCACCGGGAGAUCCCAAGUGUUUUUAAAAAUGCCGUCGCUUUCAACGCGACUCGUGUUCUACACAAUCGCUCUUCUAUUACUUUCCUCCGCUACGCAACGCGCGUCGUCAAUGUCACUCGAUCGUUUGGGUGUCGACCAGAAUGAAUUAAAUUCGGCUUUAACGGCAGCCAAUAACUAUGAAGAGAAAUCGGAAGCGUUUAAUAGCGCAGAUAUUGUGGUAGACGAUAUGAAAUUGGAAGCUGUACCGACUAAUGGAAAUACGGAUACAUAUUUACUAGUGCCAGCCGGUGGCGCCAACGGAAGUGUUGAAAAGAAUACGAUCGAAAAUGGUGACGGAGCAGCCGAGGAAUCGCUACCUAAUGAAACUUCGGACAUGCUGAUGAUGGAGUCGAAUGAUGCGCCAUUGCGCGUAUCCUUUCUUGCACUGCCCGUAGAGCCACAAGAAUCUAUGGACGCCGAAAAUGUUGCGAAACAGGAGGAAAUAAGUACGGAAGUAAAUGCCUCAGCGAACGAUGAAAGUCGUGUGGAAGAGCCGCUGCCAGUUUUAAUAGAUAAGAUUUUGGAAAUCCCCACCGAAUCCGAAACGCAAGAAAUUGUAUCGGCAGCCGGUGAGCAAAUGUCGCAAGAAUUUACUGAAAAAGAACAGCCCGACUCGUUAAUUGUUGAGGAUAGCUCGAAUAGUGAGAAUACAAUUCCCGCCGAGCAGGGAGCUAUUGCCGAGGUGAACGCUGAUGCGGAAGCGGAAAAGGAUAUGGAAGAGACACAGUUGGCUGAGGAAUUGCCAAAUAACGAAGUGCCAGUUCAAAGCGAAAUUGUGGAAGAUAAAGAACAUACUGACGACAAAAAACAGGAAGUUAUUGGUAGCUUGUCGGCAUUAGAUAAAGAUUUAUUGCCUGAAACCGUUUUAGUGCCCGAAGAAGCAGUGCAAAUUGUGCAUGAGAAUAGUGAAGAAAAUAUUGAAAAUUUACAUGAGAGUGAUAAAUUGGUAGAAGAAGCUAACGCGGAAGAAAAUGAAAUUAAAGAUGAUCUAAGCCAGCAAGCAGAAGAACUAAUAAGUAAACCGGACAAUGCUGUUGAAAAUGUAGAGUUCAUGCAAUUGGAAAGUGCAGAUGAGAAGCUCGACGCAGGUGACUCAGAAAUUCAUAACGAAAAAGGUCAAAACAUGGCAGAGUUGCAGAGCUUGUCGGAGAAUGCUGAGUACACACAAAGUGCCGAAAAUCAUAUUGAAGAAAGUGAACAUGAAAUAGUGAAUACUAAGCCAGAAACAGAAGAGUUCUCAAACAAAGACGAGCUGACGAAAGAAGAAGAAAAUGAGCUUCCUGUCUUAUUGGACGAAUCUAAAUCAGAGGCAAGUGAAAAUGAAAUGAAGCCACUGGAAGGAACUGUUGAAACAGAAAUAGAUGCGGGCUUAACUGAGAUGAUAGCUGAAAAUGACAGGGAUGAAACGAUUGUUGAAGAGAUGGAAACGAAUGAAGCCAACCAGGAAGGUAACAAACCAGAGGAAGCAAUAACUACAGAGAAUAAGCAACCAGAUGAAGCACAAAUAACAGAAAAUGACAGUCAAACAGCCGAAAAACUCCAAAAGGUAGAAGAAGUUGGGGCAGUAGAGGGUAACCAGAUAGUGGAGGAAAGUCAAAAAACAGAAGAAAAACAAACUAUUGAAGAAACUCAAGACGACCUCGACACACAGGCGACUGAAGAAUUGCAAACCGUUGAGGAAAGUCAAACCGCUGAAGAAGCGCAAAAAUUCGAGGAAAUGCAAACAGCUGCAGAUAGCAAUCCACAAGAAGCAGUUGAAGCUGUCGAUGGAGCAGAAGAGAUUGAACAGAAUGAUGAUAAAACUCUUAUGGAUGAAAUGAAACAAGAAGAUACAGUAGAGCAGGAAAUCAAAGGCGAAAAUAUGAUCGCAGAAGCCGCUCCUUUAAAGGAAGAAGCAGAUGCAGCUAUACCGGAAAACGUUGCUGCUGAUGCGAUUUCCGGCCAAGAAGCAACAGCUGAAGACAUUAAAGAGGAUGCAGCGCUGUCGGAGGCCAACAAAACAGAGCAAGUAGCACUCGAAGACAGCCAACAAGUUGAACCAAUUAUAGAAGAAACACAGCCAGAAGAGACUCUGCUAGAAGAAAUUAAACAGAAACAACCAGAGCUCGUGGGCAGCGGUCAACAAUUGGAGACAGAACAACAAGAAGCAAUUAAUGAAGGACUACAAGCUACAAAUGGCAUUCAAGCUGAUGAAACAGAAGAAGCAACUCAGAAUGAGGAUCAGCAAGCGAUGGACGAGAAGGUAGAAGAAGCGUCUAUCUUAACAGAAUCUGAAGCUGCAUCAGAGCCAGAAGCACAGCAAAUGGAAGUGUUAGAAGAGAUUACCAGUAACGAAAAGCUAACAGAAGAAGCGGAAAAGCAGCCCGAGAUAGUAGAAGAACAAGAGCAACAACAGAUGGAAGUACACCAGCAGCAGAUGUUAGAAGAGGAGCAAAAGGAAGAAGAGCAACAGGUGGCAGACGAAGAGCAGAUUGAGGAGGAGCAACAGAAGGAAACAGAGCAGCAGAAUGUUGAAGAGCAGCAGCAGCUGCAACAGGAAGACACUCAAGAGAGCCAAACUGUUGAAGAGCAACAACAGCAGAUGGAUGAACAAAUUGGAGAACAGCAACAAGCAUCUGAAGAGCCACAGCAGCAAAUAGUCGAGCUGAAGGAACCAUUGAAGGAACAAGAAAACCUAGAAAACGAAAAGUUGCAAGAAACAGAGCUCUCUGAAGAGGAACAACAGUCAGCUCAGGAGCAAAUUGUCGAGCUGACGCAAGAAGAAACUGUCGCACAAACACAGCCAAUUAUCGAAAUACAACAGACCGCGGAGGAACAACCACAGCCGGAGACUAUGCAGCCAAUCAACGAUGAGCCAGCAGAAAUUGUUGAGGAAACAUUGAACAGUGGACCAAUCGAGCCUGCCACUUCGCUACUCACAACAAUCAUACAAGUGCCGCAACAGCAACAGCAAGCCACACCAGUGCAAAUCGCAAAUGUUGAAGCGCCAUUAGCCACAACACUCGUUGAUGUCAACAAUUUAACAGCGGCAAUGGCAGCACCCUCAGUAGCACCACUAAAUGUCAUGGAUAGUGUACUCAAUUAUGUCAAUGCCUCGUUUAUGCAACUUAAUAAUAACAACAACAAUAACAAACAGCAACAAACAUCGCAAAAGCUGAAGGAUGAUGAUGACGACGAUGACGAUUUAAAUGCACAGUUGAGACGGUACGAUGGUGCUCAGGUCUGGAGAAUUGUUGUGCAAAAUGAUCACGACAGAAAAAUGGCGGAUGAGCUGCAAACUAAAUACGGUGGUCAAUUAUGGAAGGAGGUGAAGCAAGAGGUCGAUUACUUAUUGAAGCCACAAGUGUUGGGCGAAGCAGAGCAACAUGUACGCAUCGCAAAUCUAUCGCGAAUUGUUCUCAUCGACAAUUUGCAAAAAGUCAUCGAAACGGAAAACCCCAGCGCAGCUGAAAUUGCAUCCUUCCAAAAUCGAAAGGGACAUCGUCUGACAUGGAAGGCCUAUCAUCGCCUGGCGGAUAUCCACGGUUUCUUUGAUUACAUGGCAAAGACAUAUCCUGAUAUUUGCUCAGUGGAAACAAUCGGUUAUUCGUUACAGAAACGACCGCUGAAAAUUUUGAAAAUCUCCAACGGUAAUCCUGGCAAUCCAGGCAUUUGGAUCGAUGGUGGCAUGCAUGCACGCGAGUGGAUUAGUCCAGCAACGGUCACAUUUAUUGCCAAUCAAUUGGUUGAAGGUUGGGAUGAUUUACCCGAAUAUAUGCGCAAUGUCAAUUGGUACAUACAUGCUGUGGCUAAUCCCGAUGGCUAUGAGUACACACACACCACCGAUCGGUUGUGGCGCAAAAAUAUGCGUUCGCAUGGCCGUCAAUGCCCUGGUGUCGACCUGAAUCGUAAUUUCGGUUAUAAAUGGGGCGGCAAGGGUACGUCAGCAAAUCCUUGUUCGCAAACAUAUCGCGGUAGUAAGGCCUUCUCGGAACCGGAAACAUUCUACAUUUCGAAAUUCAUUAGCAAUUAUCCACGUGACACCUUCCAGGCGUACCUCUCAUUCCACAGUUAUGGUCAAUACAUUUUGUAUCCAUGGGGCUAUGAUUACCUUCUUACCGCCGAUAAAUCGGAUUUGGAUCGCGUAGCGCGUCAAGCGGGAACGACUAUCACGAAGAAAUCGGGUGGCAAGUACACCAUCGGCUCAUCAGCAACUACUCUCUAUCCAGCGGCAGGCGGCUCAGACGAUUGGGCUAAGGGCUUUGUGGGCAUCAAAUACGCCUACACCAUUGAAAUGGGCGACACUGGUCGUUAUGGUUUCGUGCUACCCGCCAGCCACAUUGAAACUAACGCUAAAGAUGGCUACACAUUUGCAGAGACAGUGGCGCGCGCCGUCACACAGGGCAAAUACAGUCGAAAACGUGCCUUCUAA